AGCCCAUAUAUAGCUUAUACACGUUGUUCUGGUUUCACUUUCUUAAACCGAGACACGUCAACUGUGUUCCAGGACGGAGCUGAUAUAAAUAUAUCAAAGGUGGAAAAACGAACAAAAAAUGGGAGCAUCAGAUUCACAACCAGAGCAACAACCAAAUCCAGAACUGGAUAAACCGUGGAGGAAAUUUGACUGGGGACAGAGAGAAGCUCUGAAACAGAAGCUGCAAAACUUCUCUCCGAGUGAUCCAAAUGUAAAGGACAUCAAGAUCCUGGUAGCUGGACAAAUUGGAGCAGGAAAGUCCAGCUUUAUUAACUCCAUCGAAAGUGUCUUUCAAGGACGGAUCUGCUCUAGAGCGCUAGUUAAUUCAUCUGCUGUUGGUCAUAGUUUCACACAAAAACUCAAAGGAUUCACCAUCAGAAGUGGGGACAGAACUUUGCCCUUCGUCUUCAAGGAUGUAAUGGGCUUAGAACCUGAAGCGUUGGCUGGGUCACAACCAGAUGAAAUCGUCAAUGCUGUGUUUGGCCAUGUGAAGGACGGCUAUAAAUUCAACCAGGGGCAGGCACUCGCUAAUCAGGAUCAACAUUACAUCAGUGACCCUACCCUCUCCGAUCAGGCUUUCUGCCUGGUUUACGUCAUAGAUGGAAAUACAGUCCAAUUCACAGAUGAUAAACUUGUUGACAAGUUGAAGAUCAUCCGCCAGAGAAUCAGUGAUAAGGGGAUUCCUCAAGUGGUUGUCAUGACCAAAGUAGAUGAAGCAUGUCUGCUGGUCAAAAAUGAUCUAAAGAAGAUCUACACUAGCAAGAGGAUCAAAGAGAAGAUGGAGAUCUGCAGUGCCAAAACAGGUGUGCCAAUGUCAAACAUCUUCCCAGUGAAGAACUACCAUGAGGAGAUUGACACAGAGGAUGACAUUGAUGCUCUGAUACUGAAGGCACUUGAACAGAUUGUUCAGAUUGCCAAUGAUAGAUUGUUGGACUGUGAAAGCUACUAAUAAAAUCACCUAUAUACAGUUAUUAAUGCAUAAUCACAUCACAAAAUCACAUAUAAAAUCAUUCUUUGAAUUUCUUCAUCAGAGGAACAUCAUUUUAGGAAGAUUGUGGAUUAAAAUGACUACAGAGAGGAUUAUGUUUUUUUUACAAAUAUAUGUACAGUGGGGUUCAAAGUCAAUGCAAAUCUGGGACUCAAAAACUAAUGUAAACCUGGAAAUUAAUAGAAAGAUUCAGAAUUUGAAAAUUGUUUAAGAAAAGUUAUGAUGUAAAAUCUUUCUCCAAUUAAAUACAUUAAAACUAUUAAAUUACAUAAAUAAGUAAUAUGGGAAUAAUGCAGUGAUGCUGCAUUUUGUGUUGUAGAUUCUUAAAAACAUUUAUGAGCAAAAUAAAUUUGGCUUAUUGAGAUCUGAUGAAUAAAUCCUAUAUAAUCUUGAAUUGUUCAUUUUUCUUGACAAUACAUGUAUUCAGUCUGUACUAAAACAGUGAAUUUGGGUGUCUGGACCAAUGGGUACAUUCAGAUUGAGAGAAAGCGUGACUUUCUUGAAGUGAAUGUUGAAAUAUAUUGUCUUCUUGGUAUUUUACCUCUGUUCUAGUUUGUUUCCCAAUCAGUCUAGCUUCCUAAUAAAUCUGCCAAUGUUUACUACGAAUAUUGUUGGUGUAACAAAUUGCUUAUAUGCUCCUCUGAGAUAAUGUGGAAAAAAGUGCAUGCUAAAUGCAUUAAUAUAAAAUGCAUAAAUGUACAUUGGAAUUGAGGAAGAAAAACAGCUAUGAGGAUUUUAGUUUGUGGCUUUGACAAGCAUGGAGGUGCCUCAGUGUACUGAAUAAACUGCUCAAUAAACUGCC